AUGGAAAAUAGGGAAAAGAGGGCGAGGGAAAAUUUUCCCGAUGGUGAAAUUUUUUUGUGUGAGGAAAGUUAUGGGAAGAAUUUGAAAGAAAUAAAAAUGUUUGAGAAUAUAAAAAGUGAUAUGAGUUUAAUUAUUAGUGAGCAGUUAAGGAAAAGAUCAAGAACUACAUUUAAAUUAAAAAAUAUAGAGAAGAAAUAUAUAUAUUUAAAAGAUAUAUGUGAUUUAUUAAAUAAGAGUUUAUUAGAAGGAGAGAAUAUAUUAAAAAAGGAUAAAGAAUUAAUUAAUGCUUAUUUUGAAUAUACUACUAGUAAUUUAUAUUAUAUAUUUAUAAAAUAUGAGAAUAUUAUAUGUGAUAUGUCUGAGAUGAAUGUACAUAUGAAAUUAAAGUUGAAGAAAAUAAAAGAAGAAGAAUUAAUGCAUUUUAAAGUGUGUUAUGAAAAAUUAAAAAAUAGUAUGAAUAUAUUAAAGGAAAAAAAAAGUCAUAUUAUUUUAUUAAAAGAAGAUUUACAUUUUUUGAAUGAUGAAUAUGAUAAUAUUCAAAAAAUUAUGGAGGAUAAAAAAAGUAAGGAUCUCAAUUUGACAUUAGAAAAGAGUUAUAAUGAAUUGUUGAUACAACUUGAAAAAUAUAAAAAGGAACUCGAAGAAAUUAAAGAAAAAUGUAAUAAUCAAAUGAAAGAGAAAAAGAAAACUUGUAUAAAUUUAAAUAUGAUACAAGAAAAUAUAUUAGACAUAAAUGAAAUAAUAAAAAAAUUAAAUGAAGAAAAUGAUUUAAUGAAUGAAGAUCUUGAAAAAUUAGAAAAUGAAAAUAAUGAAAUAAUAAAAAAGAUAAUGGAAGAUAAUAAUAAAAUAGAAGAAAAUUGCCAUAUAUUAAAUAAUAAAAUCGAAAGUAUAGAAAAUGAAAUUAGUGAUUAUAAUAUUAAAAAAAAGGACCUAUUAUAUGAAUAUGAGAACUUGAAGAAUAGACUAAAGAAUAUUACUCUUGUAUGUAAUGAGAAAAAAAAAAAAGAUGAAAAUUAUUCAAAUAUUAUAAAAAAUAAAAGUGAAAUGUUGAUUAGUAAUAAGAAGAUAUUAAAAGAAACCGACAAGGAAUAUCAAUUAUUAAAUGAUGAUUUUUUAACAUGUAAGGAAAAUUAUAUAAAGCUAGAAAAGGUAUAUGAAAAUAAUCAGAAUAAAUUGGAAGAUACUAAAAAGAUCAUCAAUGAUUAUAUAUGCAUGUGUGAAGAAAAAAAAGUAUGUUUAUUAAAUAUUGAAAAAAGUAAAGAAAAUAAUGAAAUAGAAAAAAUCCAAAUUCUAGAUCUUAUAGAAAAUGAUGAGAAAGAAUUAAUUGAUCAAAAAAAUAUAUUUUUGAAACUUUCAAAAAUAUUAAAUUUAAUACAUUUAUCAUAUGAACAAUAUGAUGAGAUUCAGAAUGAAAAGUGUACCAUGACAAAAAAUGAAGAUGAUUAUACAAAGAAAUAUGAGGAAUUAUUAAUAAAGUAUGAAAAUGUGAAGAAUCAAGUGAAGGAUAAAAAAGAAAUAUUAGAUAAUAAAAAGCAAGAAAUAAAAAAGGUAGAAGACAUGUUAAAUACAUAUAAUAUAGAAAUGAUUUCAUAUAAUGAUAAAAAGGAAGUGAUGAAUAAAAAUGAAAAGGAAUUAAAUGAAAAAAAAAACAAGUGUAUAAAAAAAUUGAAAGAUGAGGAAACGAACCAUAAUGAAGAUAUUAUAAUAAAAAAAACUAAGAAUCAAUUAGAAUUAAAAUAUGAAGAAUUAAAAAAUAAUAUGCAUACACAGAAGAUAGAAAAACAGCAACAACAUAAUAAUUUUUUAAAGCAAGGAGAAAAGGAAAAGUUAGAAUGUGAUUUACAAUUAUUUAUUUCUGAAAUCAAAAAUCAAAUUGAGAAGGAUAAAGAAGAAAAGAAAAAUAUAAUAAUCCAAAAGGAAAGAGAAUUACAAAUUUAUCAAAAAAGAUAUAGUUCUUUGAAGGUUGUAUAA